AUGUUUUUAAAUCCUCGUAUCCUGUCGUCGGCUGCGGCGAUUGCUAUCACUUGUGCUGUGUCUGCAGCGGCCUACUAUUACAAAAGCCGCAAUGCUGUCGAAAUUAACGAAGUAAUGGUGUUCUGCAAACUCCACCUAAAUGCUUAUAAUUACUUUGAUAAGUUAAUCAGCUAUGUAGAAGCAGCUAAGAAAAGUGUUGACGUCUGCAUGCCAAGCAUACACAAUCCCGCCAUUCAAAGUCGGUUAGUAGCAUUGAUAAAGAAAAAGAAUAUCACAGUUCGUAUUAUAAUUGACCGUACUGGGUAUAAUGAUUCAACAGACUUUUUUAUAAAUGAACUUAUUGAAGCUGGUGCAGAGAUAAAGUGUAAUCUAACGGAACCAAUAUAUAAGAUGCAACACAAAUUCUGCAUAGUCGACGACAAAGUUCUCAUGACUGGUACUUUGGACUGGGGAAACGACCUUUCAGCCGACCAUUGGAAUUAUGUCUACAUCACUAGUAAACCACAGUUAGUAGAACCGGUAAAAAAAGAAUUUUAUCAAAUGUGGAUUCGGUUUUCUAGCGAUUUAAGUCAGGUCGACAAGCCCACACCACACGAUAGCGACACAGAAUUCGUGGACGCUAGAAAUUUAAAUCCGGAAAUGGAAAAUAUGGAAAUAGUCGAAAUGGAAAACGAACAUAAAGGUGACUCAGAAUCACAGACUAACAGAGAUGAGACCUCUGAUUUAGUUAUAAUUUAG